AGAUUUCUUGCCAUCGUUUCCUCUGCUUUACAAUUUUGAAGUUUAGAGCAUCUUGCAAUAGCAUCACCACGACACCCCAAGUAAAACUCGUCUUUUCAACUUACCACCAACUCAAUACAAACACAAUGGGUGAACCGAAAAAGGGAACAAUCCUCGCCCGCAACAAGGAGGGCACCCUCGAAGCCUCAGCCCUCCUCUGGCGCGCCCUAACCUCUGACAAGCCCGAGACGUUUCGCAAGUACGUCACAAAGGACGCGGUGCUCGCAGAGCCCGACAGGAGGGUCUACUCUCCCAAGACGGAGCCCACUCUCGACGAGUACAUCGAGGACGACUACGAGCCGUGGACCGCGUACAAGAUCCACGGGGAGCCAGAGUUUGUCGAGAUCGACAUGAUGGCCUCGGCUCUUACAUAUCGCGUCACCGCCUGGAAGCUCAAGGGAGGAGAGAUGGUCGCUACUGAGGGGUGGUGCUCGAGUGUGUUUAGGCAAGGUCCUGGGGGAGAUUGGAGGUGCUGCUGUCACCAUAUGGCCAAGAUUUGAAGCGAGUCGUUGAUCAUGUUGGAUUCAACAAGUGUAGAAAGUGUAAUCUUGCAAAGGGAAAGGAUGUGAAAGACGGUCACUCUUGGCCGCAAGGGCCUUGACAUGGGGUCUUGUUGGUUGUGGGUUGCAGUGGGUUGGGGGUUCUGAGGAGGCGAAUAUUGGGCGUUUUCUUUCUUGUACUGUACUCCAUGUAAUGAAUUCAUGUGCGAUGAUGUUAUCUC